AAGUACGUGGAACCAUCCUGACCUUAUCUCUUCCAAACAGACAACUUUAUCUCUUCACAUGGAUAAACUUAGACGGCAGCUGACCAGCUAAAAUAAUUCACAUGCCUCCACUGCCAAUCUUAUCUGUUCCAGGCAACCCGCGCUCUACUGCUCCUUGUUCGUCAAAGUUGAGACAGAUAGAGGAUGCAGUAGGGGAGGCCAGGAAGGGUGAUGGCCGCAUGCCUCGUCUAUGUGGCUGCUCGGCGACGUCGAGCGGGUGGCGGGCUGGAGGAGUUGGGUGCUGGGCCUACCCUGUGAUGAGCUUGGUCCUCGCCCGCGACCCCGUGUUCAUACCAUCGGUCGGAGGUCGAGCAGACCGCUUGAACGGCGCUGCUACUGCUCGUUUGGAGUGCACGGGCCGUCGGCUUCUUCGAGAGGCUUUGGGGCGCUGGUGGCGCAGGCGCCACGGGUCUCACCGCGAUGUUCGGGCAGCGGGCCCGGCUUCGGACGACGAUCAAUUCGGGGCCACGGAGAGGAGCGGCGGCGAGGAACCGGAGAACUGCGCUGCCAUUGGCGAUCAUGGAGCCCAGUGCCCCGCCUUCCUCCACCUCGGCUCUGACCCCCUCUGCACCAGAUCCACCUAGCCAAGACCUCUGUCGCGUCGCCCCCGCCGAAACUCCAGGGCCGCCCGCUUAGAUCCCGAGCACCGUCGUCGAGCGGCGCCUCCGUACGCCGUGCGUCCUUUCCUUCAUUGAUAUGGGCCAGCAGCUUCGUUUCUUUUGGCAACUAAAAAAUAGAGGUAUGGGCCAGCCGGCCGGCUCUGCUUAGUUUUAAGUGUACGUCGCGAUUUCUCUACGUCGUGUUACUCCUGAUUUGUAUGUUCGGUUUUUGAUUUUCCUCAAACGGACAAAACCCCAUAACAGGACUAAAUAAAACAAAACCAAACCAAAAAUAUCUAUUCUCUUUAAUAGUAGGUAUAGAUAUAUAUAUUUGCUUGCUGUUAUUUAUAAUAAUGUUUAGCAUCUUUUAUGUCAAUAAAAGUGGCAAGGGUAGCCUUUGUCAUGCUUAUUUCGCCAAAUCUAUAUGUUGCUGUUUCAAAACAGAAAGUUUAU